AUGUCAUUGAAAGGGUUCCAUCAGAACCUCAGCAAAACAACUGUGGAGAGCAUUCGAUCAGUGUUUAAGAAAAUGUGGGAGCUGUUCGAUGGUGACAGAUAUCGUGGAAAGUGGCACCUCAAUGAGGCAAGACAAUGUUGGGAAGGCAACCCUGCUGAUUCAGCAGAGGUUUUUGACAUGUUGUCAUCUGUCAAGCACAAGGCCAGCGCCGAAGGUGGAGAUCGGACUCAUUCGAUGGCCAUGACAAAGGAUUACAUGGAGCGCACACUCUGGUGGCAUUACACAGUGUGUCCACUGGAUAUAGCACUGGGGAUCAUUCAGAAGGUGAUGAGCGGUGCUCACCCUUUGGAUGUGAAUCUGGACUUGGAAACAAGGAAAGUACUCACUCGUCAUCUUGAACAAAUUACAUUCGAAGCUGGUGUAUGGACGUUAUGGACACGAUGUUUUGAGCUCAUCAAAUUACAGCGAAAGGAUAUCUCACUGGAUACUACCAUGCUGGAUGGUGUCCUCAAAGCAUACCUUGCAAACAAUACAUCAACGCUGCAGAGCAGCUCUCAGUUAUACUUCGAGAUUUUCCUCUCAAACCGGAAAGGAUGGCAGAAGAAGGUUGACAAAGGUCAGUGGGAAGCAGACUUGAGAUCAAACCACUACAAAAUAUAUCCACAUCCCAGCAUUCCAGCCUGUGAUUGCUUUGUUUGGAUGUUAGUCUGGAUUAAAUGGCUCAAGCUCUUUCAUUAUGGAUGCACACUUCAGCCCAACGACUUUAUCUUUCCCGCAAUGGGCGCCAAUGGUGUUGUUCAGCCCAGCCAGCCAAUCUCGCAUGAUACAGUGCAAAAGUGGAUAAAUGAGUCGACAGCAGGCGCCGGCAUUCUUGGUAAUUUUUCAACUCAUUGCUUUUGUCGUGGGGGCGCACAAUACUGGUUCAUGUUUGCUCCAGUGGGCCAGCGGUGGACGCUUGCGAAAGUUUGCUGGUGGGGUGGAUGGGCAGAGGGUGAGCAUCGUGAUACACUUGUUCGCUAUCUACUCAAUGAAUUGCAUGCCUAUGAAACUGACUAUAGCGAUGCCCUUGCACCCAUCUCCCAUGGUGUAAAUGACUCACUUGCUGGGGAAAACGUCCUUGUGAGUCUGGCGUCGACAGAAGAGUUGUGCUUGGUCCAUGCAUCUGUCACAGCAGACGUCGACCACCUGCGCAAUGACAUUGGAUCCAUCAACAACUCACUCCACUCACUAAUGAAUGUGGUGGUGCAGGCUGCCUGCACCACAGCAACUGCUUUUCAACAUCUUGACUCCUCUCAGCGCUUUGCUGUCAUUCCCGGCUCCGAGUCACGCACCUCCCACACACCAUCUUUAAGUCCAAGUCCAACAUACUAUGUUCCACCUCAGAGUCUUCAAGUUGGAGGACUUGGAGGACAUCCUGUAGCUGCAACACACUCACCUUCAUCUAGUUCCACUGGCAUCACUGGUGCCAGCAAGAACCAUGGUGCCAUUGCAUCCAAACAACUUGGACUUGGACAUCCGGGAUCUACUAGUACUCUCCCAUCCACCCGCACUACUUCACAGCAUCUCCCCACCCAUGGCCUUGUGAUCCCACGGGUGCCAUUUGCGCAUGCAAAUGGCACAACCAGCCCAAAGAACAGGUCCUGGAAGGACAUUGUUGAACACUGGCUCGUUGGCGAUCCCAACAGGGGACUGAAGACUGCCACUGAAGGACUGGCCAAAGGAGUGGUACCAGGGCGUCAAUCGACAGUUCGCAUCAAAAUACCAUCAAAGGUCGACCAUAGCGCUGGAAUUCAUCAACGACUCCAGCUGCUCAAGGCUAUCGACAAGGCACACACUGCACGAGGGGAGCACAUUUUGCGCAGAAAGUAA